UAUAUAUAUAUAUAUAUAUAUAUAUAUAUAUAUAUAUAUAUAUAUAUAUAUGAGUUUAUGCUUGUAAUUUAUGUGUUUAUUUACAUGAAGUUCGCACUUGCCCUUUGCACUGACAGGUGAAUGACAGGGAGGUCAGUGAGCUGUAUUUCUCCUGCACACUUUUUCACAUCCAACCUGUACACUGUUUUAAGGCUUCUAGAAGAGACAAGAAAUACACAUGAGCACCAGAUUGCAGCAUAUUAGAGAUCAUAUUUUAUCAGCAAAUCAGUGUUCAGAAAUGAGCGCUCUGUCGCCGAGCCCCCUCACCACUCAUGUGCUGAACACUGGCCGGGGUGUACCAGCUGCCGGCAUGAGCAUCACUCUGUACUUCCUGGAUCCUACGACGUCAGCUUGGAACCACCUAACAACAGGAACUACCAGCAAUGAUGGACGUUGUCCAGGUCUCAUCACUCGAGAGUCCUUCAGUCCUGGUACCUAUAAGAUGCGUUUUGAGACCGGACAGUACUGGGAGGGACUGGGGGAGACCUGCUUCUACCCGUAUGUUGAAGUUGUCUUCACCAUCACUGAUGCUUCUCAGAAGUUCCACAUCCCGCUGCUCCUGAGUCGCUUUUCGUACAGCACCUACAGAGGGAGUUAACCAGCACAGGGACCAAAACUGAUGCACACUCAUUCACGCUGAUCUGUCUGAUCCUGGUGUCUGGCUGAAGGGGCACUUUUAAGCUGUUACAGGUCAUUAAAGACAGCUCGCUUGUAUGAAAAUGCAUGACAGAGGUCAGUAUUGUGAUCUAUUCCUGCUUGUGUCCUACUUUCAAACAUGUCUUGAAGUAAAACUGAUGUGAAACUUCAACUAAUGUGACAGGACAGAACAUGUUACAAAACAAAAUAAACUCUACAUUUAUGGAAAAAAAAACUGAGUACAACAGCAGGUUAUUACCGUAUCUUCAUCUCCACAGCCAGGAUUUUGUGUUUGAAGCGUUUGGGUUAAAUCGCAGUACAAAUAUAAUUUCUAGACGU